CGUUUACGCUGUUGAAUGUUGGCCGACUAACGUCGAGAGUCUUUUUCGAAUUGUUCUAUUUUUCAUCAUUGUAACUGAUUUAUCAAUUCAAAACCUGACUGUCAAUCAUCUAGUAAUCGAUUCGCACCCCGGCAAGCUUCCGUCAAUGUGGUCCUCAAAUAACAAGUGGCCACCAAUCGACAAUGAGUGAAACAGCUCGGUUUCCUGCUGAGGAUGAGCAGAUCGAAGAAUUUGACACAGAUGACGAAGAUUCCGAGACCGAAACAGCUGCAACAAACACUGCAGUGCCAAAAUCUACAGUGAUUCAAAACAUUGAGCCGCGUCGACCCUUGCCUGUCAGAACUCCAAAACCCUUGGCUAAUCAGUAUAGGCCCAGAAGAGUUGAACAGAAGAUAACAAUAAAUAUAAAAACACCUCUCAUAGUUGAACCGCAAAAAGUUGCGCCAAAAUCACCGGAAAAAGAAGUCAGUGAAGACAACAGUGUCAUCGAAGAUCCAGAAACAGAACCGAAAAGCAAUGAAAGUGCUGUUGCAAAACAAAGUGCAGAUACAACAGCGUCAGAUUAUGAAAAGCACUUGUCGUAUGAAGGUUCUCUUUGUAUUUACACGGAACCUGGAACUGGGCGGCAGUUAAUUUGGAACACAGAGCAAAAUGCUUGGGUAGCUAGAGCGGAUGAAAAUAAUUCACACAAUGAGUCGAAGUCAGAUAAUUCAAAUGAGCCUGUGAAAACUGGAGGAGAAAUUCACGAAGCAUCCAGGUCUGAGAAUGAUCUGGACUCUGAAACGGUUGGCGCUGAAUCGGUCAAAGAUGCGACGGAAAGAACAGGGCCUGAAGCUGCUGUGCCUGGUGGUAUUUACGGAUUCGAAGGAGACACUCAUACCUACACCGACCCCAAUGACGGAAGUGUGUACAUAUGGGAUAGAGAGAAAAAUGCAUGGUUCCCUAAGGUCGACGAUGAAUUUUUGGCCAGGUAUCAAAUGAGCUACGGUUUCACAGAUUCCUCUACCGCUGAACCGAACAUUCCAGUACCACAAGUGAAAAUAAAUCCAAAAAUCGAGAAGGAGAAUCGAAAAACUGAGGCAAAGAGAAAGGCUCAAGAACCUUCGACGUGGUUCGAAGUCGACGAAGCUCAUAACACUGCGAUUUACAUCACUGGUCUUCCAUUGGACAUUACAAUGGAGGAGCUUACGGGGAUUGUUACCAAGUACGGGCUCCUGGCUCGCGAUGACAAAGCUAAGGAUAAAAUCAAGCUGUACAGGGACGAGGAUGGUCAACCAAAAGGAGAUGCUCUCGUCACGUACAUAAAGGUGGAAUCUGUCAACCUCGCUCUGCAUCUGUUGGACGGGUCCCAAAUCAGGGGCAACACUUUGUCGGUCCAGAGAGCGAAGUUUCAGAUGAAGGGAAAGUACGACCCGGGGCUUAAACCCAAGCGAAAGAAGAAGGACAAGGAACGGGCGAAGAAGAUUCACGAAAAAUUGUUCGAUUGGAGACCAGAACCAAUGCGCGGCGAGCCUCAAAAGUGCGAACGAGUUGUCGUUAUAAAAAAUCUCUUCAGCCCAGCGGAUUUCGACCACGAAGUUACUCUGCUUCUCGAGUAUCAACAGGACUUGCGAGCCGAAUGUUCGAAGUGCGGUGACGUCAAGAAAGUUGUCCUUUACGAUAGGCACCCUGACGGCGUUGCUCAAGUCACAUUCAAGGAACCAGCUGAGGCGCAAGCUUGCAUUCAGCUGUUGAACGGGCGCUGGUUCGCCCAGAAGAAGAUAUCUGCUGAAUUAUGGGAUGGGAAGACCAAGUACAAAAUCGUCGAAACGGAGGCUGAGAUUGAGGAGCGCAUCGCGAAAUGGGACAAGUUUUUGGACGAUGAAGAUGACAAGAAGGAAGCCGCCAAGAAGAAGGCGGCAGAAGACAGCGAGGCAGAGCAAAAAACUGAAGCCUAACCUGAGAGAGGGACGCGUCGAUGUUCACUCCAACUCCAUAAUGUGUUUGAUUUUUAUUUAAAAAUUUCAAGUCUUAGGUAACUGCUAAAUUUUCAUCAAAUUCCAAUAUUUUCCAAAGAACCAGCGCAAUUGCGUUGAAGUCUAUUUGCUUUAUUCCUAUUUUCUAUUUUUAUUUUCUCUUUUAUAAAUGUUUUUACAAGUUUAUAUAUCGACGAGUAUAACCGGGAAUCGUAACUUCUUCCCACAAUUGAUUCGUGUUACGAUACAGUCGGCAAAUUCAUUUCAGAGUACAGAAUUAUUAUGCAUGGAAUUUUAAGUACAUCCAGCUAUGGUUGACCGAUCGCUGCUAUAUUAGCAAUAUCGGUUAAAUAUUGUUGUUGAUAGCUUGUAAGGUAUAAUAAUACUAAAUGAGCAAUUUCACUAUUAGUC